UCCUCCUUGUCCUGUGGCUGGAUAGCUCAGCUCGGGCUGAGGAGCUGGCAUGUCCUCCACGGUCGCCUCUCUGCUCUGCCUUGGGCUGUGCCUGGGCCAGAAGAUCCCAUCUGCCGAGGGAUUUUUCUCUAAACCAUCUUUACUGGUCCGACCGGGCAUCUUGGUAGCUGCAGGGGAGACAGUGACCUUCACGUGCCAGAUUUUCCUAGCCAGUGGCAUUUCAAAAUUGACCUUCUUCCUAUUGAAAGCUGGGGUACCUGACCCCUUACAGUUCCAGAGCACAGAGGAGAAGGUGGCCAACUUUACUCUCCCAUCUGUGAAGGCUGAGGAUGCUGGGAACUACAGCUGCAUUUACUUAGUGGAGGGCAGGAGGAGAGCAUCAGAUCCUAGUGAGGUCCUAAAACUGGAGGUGACAGAUGAAAAGGACACAGAUCCUCAAAGAGAAGAUGAAAAGAACACACAUCCUCAAAAAAAAGACCUCAGAGCUGCCAUGGCUGUUACUGUCACCUGUUUUUUCAUCUUCAGCCUCCUCUGUGCCCUUUUUUGCCGCUGUCCUAUCCCACACAAAAGUUCACAUGGAGACACUCCCAGGAGCCCUUCCGACAAUACAGGUGUCUCUCAGUCUGUCUCCCUCCCUACAGAGAAGAUAAUAUAUGAAGAUAUAUCCAAGGGGAGACAGAUAGAGACACAGGCCUCAGAAUCUGAAGAUCCCCAUGGAGUGACAUACUCUCAACUGAACACAGCUGCCCUCAGUGAGGGACAGAGAGUCCCGACUUCCACAGCCCCAGAGCCUUGCAUUUAUUCCACUGUGGCUUUGCAUUGAGGGGGGACUAGAGAAGCCCAUCACCCCAAAAAGGGACUGGAGCUUUGGAGGAAGAAAAGAUCAAAGAGGGAUGAGGGAAAGAAGUGAACUGGGAAUUCAAACAUCUGAAUUUGAGUAAAAGCUCUGGAAAUGGAUUCUCAAGCCCAAAUCCCUCCCUCUUUGACCCCACUGCCCUCAGGGGGAACAUCUGACACACAGGCCACAUGCAUCCCUCAGGUCCCAUGGCACCUGGCCUGUGGCACCUUCUGUUUAUACCAAUUCUGACUAGGUUUUCUGCUGACUAGAUCAGAACUUCUUAAAACUUUUUCUAUACGUGACCUUGUUUUGCCAAGAAAUUUUUAACAUGACCCAGGUUUAUAGGUAUAUGAAAUAGGUCUACAAACCAAGAAUUCACUGAUAAGAAAUUGUCAUUUUGUGACCCCCAUAUUCAGUUAUUCAGACCCCCAUAUAUGGGGCUGCAAACCACAGUUUAAAAAUCUGGGGACCAGAUGACCUUUGCGGUCCCUCCUAAUUCUGCUUCAAUUUUGAGUUGUGAAAUACAUCAGGUUGGCAGCUAAAGCAUCUGUAACACAAGUGAUUAUUCAGUGAAUGAGCAUCCUUUUUUUAUCCUUGUGAUGCUGUCAUUGAAUAAUGAAUAAAUGUUCUGGGGGCCAGUGGGAGAAACACGUUUUGAUGCACUCCAGUCUAGGAAGCAGCUGAUGAGGGAGAAGGUCCAAAGGGGAUCAGUCCGUUCCAUAGGUUCCUUCUAUGGGCCACACAAAAGGAGUUUCCUCAGGAACAGCCUCAUGUCUCAGCAAUCAAUCAUCUUUGAUACUCCCAAAUCUAGUAGGGUCUAAACAGCGACUUCCUGUUAUUGUAGCUAGGGGCUAUGCUCCUCCCUCCCAACCAUAUUAAAAAACAGGAACAGUGGUUUCCUGCCCUUGUGGUCCAAUUUGUAGAACUGGCUGUUGCUCUAUUUUCCAGUGAGCUGGGCCAGCUCUUCUUGUCUUCCUUCCCCUUGCCCUUUCUGUCAUUUCAUUUUUACUAUUGCAUCUCCCAUUGUUAGCUAGCUAAAGAGAACUUUAUUGUUGUUCUGUCAUGUCUGAGUCUUGGUGAGUCUUGUUGGCAAAGAUUUUGGAGUGUUCCUUCUCUAGCUCAUUUUA